AUGCCACCCACUUUAUGGAUACUCUGCACCUUGGGGUCCAUAAUCAGUCUAUCCAAUGAAAAGUCCCUUGAUCAAGCUUUUCUGUCUUGUGACCCCAAAGGCAUCUGCAAUGGCUCCUCCAGAUCAUUAAAGUCCAUUCCCUUGGGGCUCACAGCAGCUGUGAAAAGCCUGGACCUGUCCAACAACGAGAUUGCAUAUGUCGGCAACACUGACCUGCUGUUGUGUGUGAACCUUCAAGUUCUUAUUCUGAAGUACAGUAGAAUUAAUAAAAUAGAUGAAGAUGCCUUUUCCUCCCUUGGAAAUCUUGAACAUUUGGACUUAUCCUAUAAUUACUUAUCUAAUUUAUUACCUUCCUGGUUCAGGCCCCUUUCUUCUUUGAGAGUCUUAAACUUACUGGGAAAUAAUUACAAAGAACUUGGGGAAACAUCUCUUUUUUCUCAUCUCACUAAUUUGCGAACCUUGAAAUUAGGAAGCAUUUACAUAUCUAAAAUUCAGAAAAAGGAUUUUGUUGGAAUAACUUUUCUUGAGCAACUUCAGAUAGAUGCUUCAAAUCUCCAGAGGUAUGAGCCAAAAAGCUUGGAGUCUAUUCAGAAUAUAAGUCAUCUCAUACUUCAUCUGAAACAGCCAACUUUACUGCUGGUGAUUUUUGUAGAUCUUUUAAAUUCCUUGGAACAUUUCGAACUGAGAGACACUAAUUUGCAUGCUUUCCAUUUUUCAGAACCACCUAUAAGUGAAACCAAUCCACUGAUUAAAAAGUUUACUUUUAGGAAUAUGGAAGCCUCUGAUAAAAGUUUUAAUGAAGUUGUGAAACUGUUCAAUCAUGUCUCUGAAUUAUCAGAAUUAGAGUUUGAUGACUGUUCGUAUAAUGGAGUUGGUGAUUUUGACCCAUCUGUUACAGAUAAAAUUAAACAUUCUGUUAAAAUACAAACAUUUAUAGUACGGAGAUUGACUAUUCCAAAGUUUUACUUAUUCUAUGAUUUGAGUACUAUAUACACACUCACAGGAUACGUUAAAAAAAUCACAAUAGAAAACAGCAAGGUUUUUCUGGUUCCUUGUCUAUUUUCACAACAUUUAAAAUCAUUAGAGUACUUAGAUCUUAGUGAAAAUUUGAUGGUUGAAGAAUACUUGAAAAAUUCAGCCUGUGAGGAUGCCUGGCCCUCCCUACAGACCUUAAUCUUGAGACAAAAUCAUCUGACAUCCUUAGAAAAAACUGGAGAGUCUUUGCUUACUCUGAAAAACCUGACUAGCCUUGAUAUCAGUAAGAAUAACUUUCAGUCUAUGCCCAAAAUGUGUCACUGGCCAGAGAAGAUGACAUAUUUAAACUUAUCCAGCACACGAAUACAUAGUUUAACCCAUUGUGUUCCCCAGAGACUAGAAAUUUUAGAUAUCAGCAAUAAUAAUCUCAAUUCAUUUUCUUUGAUUUUGCCACGACUCAAAGAACUUUAUAUUUCAAGAAAUAAGUUGAAGACUCUACCAGACUCUACCUUCUUACCCAUGUUGUUAGUUAUGAGAAUCAGCAGGAACACAAUAAAUAUGUUCUCUAAGGAGCAAUUUGAUUCCUUUAAAAAAUUAAGGACUUUGGAUGUGGGCGGAAAUAACUUCAUUUGCUCCUGUGAGUUCCUGUCUUUCACUCAGGGGCACCAUGCACUGACUGAGGUCCUGAUUGGUUGGCCAGAAAACUACCUGUGUGACUCUCCAUCCCACGUGCAGGGCCAACGAGUUCAGGACACACGCCUCUCUGUUGCUGAGUGCCACAGGACAGCCCUGGUGUUUGCUGUGUGCUGCGCCCUUCUUGUGUUCAUCCUGCUCACUGCGUUUCUGUGCCACCGUUUCCAUGGACUCUGGUACAUGAAGAUGAUGUGGGCGUGGCUCCAGGCCAAGAGGAAGCCCAAGAAAGCACCCAACAGGGACAUCUGCUAUGACGCCUUUGUUUCUUACAGCGAAAGGGAUUGCUACUGGGUGGAGAACCUUAUGGUCCAGGAGCUGGAGAACUUCGAUCCCCCCUUUAAGUUGUGUCUUCAUAAGCGGGACUUUGUUCCUGGCAAGUGGAUUAUUGACAAUAUUAUUGACUCCAUUGAAAAGAGUCACAAAACCGUCUUUGUGCUUUCUGAAAACUUUGUGAGGAGUGAGUGGUGUAAAUAUGAACUGGACUUCUCCCAUUUCCGUCUCUUUAAUGAGAACAAUGAUGCUGCCAUUCUCAUUCUUCUGGAGCCCAUUGAGAAGAAAGCCAUUCCCCAGCGGUUCUGUAAACUGCGCAAGAUCAUGAAUACCAAAACCUACCUGGAGUGGCCCACAGACGAAUCUCAGCAGGAAGGAUUUUGGCUAAAUUUGAGAGCUGCAAUCAAAUCCUAG